CACUGGUUUAUGUUGGCUUGCGUACUUCAGCACUCACGCGCCCUAUAAUCCGCAUCCCUUCACGAGACGACACUCUCUCCAUCGCAGAUCUCUCUCUGUCUGUCUCUCUCCAACGAUCAUGGCCCUUCCUCCGUAGAAUCUUAGGGUUAGGGUUCGAGAAUCGUCUCUCUCCCGAGAUGGAGUCCGAGCUCAAAAGCCUCACCUCCAAUUCCACCCUACAACUCGACUCCGUCGGCCGCGAUGGAUCGAACAAGGACCAACGCCCCCUCCUCAAAUCCGACUCGUCCGUAUCGGCCACCUCCGUCACCGUAUCGUCCGAAACGCUACAAGACCUCGAGAAGAAAUUCCCCGCCUACGUCCGCCGCGACGCAUAUGGUACGAUGGGGAGGGGCGAGCUCCCGCUGUCCGAGAAGCUCCUCCUCGCCCUCGCCCUCGUAACGCUCGUCCCGAUCCGGUUCGUAGCCGGUUUUCUCAUUCUGGUCUUGUAUUAUCUGAUAUGCCGCUUUUGCACCCUCUUCUCCGCUCCGAACAGGGAGGAGGACGAUCAGGAGGACUACGCGCACAUGGUGGGGUGGCGCCGGGCCACGAUCGUGCGGUCGGGGAGGUUCCUCUCCAGGGCAAUGCUCUUUGUGAUGGGGUUUUAUUGGAUUGACGAGACAUAUCGGAUCCCACGUUCCAACGAUAAGGAUGCUGAUGAGAAUGAGUGUAAAGGGCUGUCUGAAGAAUCUGAAAGGCCUGGGGCAAUCAUAUCCAACCAUGUAUCAUAUUUGGAUAUUCUUUAUCAUAUGUCUUCUUCCUUUCCCAGCUUUGUUGCAAAGAGAUCAGUGGGUAAACUUCCCCUAGUUGGCCUUAUCAGUAAGUGUCUCGGUUGUGUCUAUGUGCAGCGAGAGUCAAAAUCAUCAGACUUUAAGGGUGUUUCAGGUGUUGUAACGGAAAGAGUUCGAACAGCCCAUCAAAAUAAGCUUGCUCCAUUGAUGAUGCUUUUUCCAGAGGGUACAACCACAAAUGGAGAUUACCUUCUUCCAUUUAAGACAGGUGCUUUUCUAUCCAAAGCACCAGUGCUUCCAGUGAUUCUAAGAUAUCCUUACAAGAGAUUUAGUCCGGCAUGGGACUCUAUAUCUGGGAGAGUUUAAGGAGUGUAUACCAGCCUGGCACAUCGGUACUAGAUAUGAUCCAUUCAUCAGAAAAGUACGACUAUUAGAUGCUCUCCCAUUAAGAAUUGGGCUGGUUUGAUUUUCAGGUAAGCCCUGCUCACAAAAUAAAUUUAUGGCUGAGGUUUUCUAAACCUUUGAGCGAUUUUGGACAUUGUGGCCCAUUGGCUUAAUGGACUAAAUUUGUUUUUCGGGAGAAAACAUCUGCCUGGUCAGAACUACAUUAUGCAUAUUAUAAAGGAAUGUAUAUUUCUCAUUAUCUUGUUUUUCUUUUUAAUUAGUAAAGUUUAGUCAGGGAUUGAAAUCUCGCUGACACUGCACUACCUCUACCAACUCUACUGAUGAGGUGGAGGAUUUGAUUUUUUUUUUUUAAUUUUUCCUUAUUUCUUUUGGCAACGCUUAUGAGUGAUAUGCACGCACAAAGAAAUUCUCCUUGUAUCAUAGAAGUAACUCUUAUCGAACAAUAGAAAUUGCGAGAAAGAACUCAAGAUUGUUGAAAAAUCAGAAAUUACACUGAUCUGAUACCUGACUGUUACUGGAUAUUUGAUGGACAACUAAAAUGGAAAAUACCAUAGAUCAUAAUGGAAAAAGCAAGCAUCCACACAUCAAAGGUUAUUAUUGUUCAAAAUAAUCUGAUUCCAGGAUCAAGAGCUCGAUCCAAACUGAUUCUAGGGAUGUUUGUGUGUGGGCCCACCAUGUUGUUCACAUGCCAUCCAAGCUGUUCAUUAUGUGCACUUCAUGUGGACAAAGGGAUAACCAAAAAAUUGGGCCAUUUCAAAACUCAUGCAUGCUGCGCCACAUGACUUAAAAGUUUACUUAUAUUUGUGAUUUUACAUCGAUCCUGAUGGUGUGGCCCAACUGAGUUUUGAAUCUGGCUGAAUUUUUGGGGCGUUGUGUUUAGCACAUUUGAUGCAUUGGUUUGGAUGCCUUGGAUGUUUGAACACAUCAGGUGGACAACUCACAGAAUUGGCUGGACAUUUGGGCCCAUCUUUUCUAUUGGGCGCAACAAAAGGGCUUGGCCUGUUGAGACAGACUACACAAACAAAGGUGGGCCACAUGUAUGGAUCAGUAGCGUCCCUAGGGCUGUCAAUGGGCUGGGCUCAGGCCAUGCAAAUAAAAGUUUUGAACAGGCCUGGCCUAUCAGGCCCAACCUGAAUAGUUCAAAAUGCCCAAAGCUAACCCCAGGCCCGGCUCGUUGGCAGCCCCAAUCCCCCAUUUCUCUUGGCAAAAAAAGAAGGGGAGAAGAGGAAGCAUCACGACUGUCUUUGGGAGAAGAUACAUACCUGAGAGAGACUCUCUGCUGUAGCUGCUGUGGUGGCUGCUUGCUGCCCUCUCUGCUGCAGGUGCUGUAAAUGAG